AUGGUACAAAAAGGAAUUUUACUCGGUUACAAGGUGUCCAAAGAUGGGUUGGAGGUGGAUAAGUCAAAAGUGGAUGCAAUUGAAAAACUGCCACCUCCAAUCUUUAUCAAAGGAGUCAGAAGCUUUUUGGGAUAUACAGGUUUCUAUCGUAGAUCCAUUGAAGAUUUCUUUAAGAUUUCUGCUCCCUUGUGCAGGUUGCUUGAGAAUAAUGUGUCUUUUAAGUUUGAUGAGCAUUUCUUGAAGGUGUACGAGGAGCUAAAAAAGAGAUUGGAAUUUAAUGUGGAAAUCAAAGAUCAAACAGGUAUAGAAAAUCAGGUAGCAGACCAUUUCUCGUGCUUGGAAACUCGUGGACAUGUUGAGGAAGGGGACGAAAUUCAGGAAUGUUUUCCUGAUGAGCAAUUGCUAGCCAUCAUAGCUGGCAUAGCCCCAUGGUAUGCUGACUAUGUGAACUUCAUUAUAAGUGGGGUGGCUCCGUCAGAGUUAUCACCAGAUGGUAGGAGAAAAUUCAUACAUGAUGUUAGACUUUAUCUAUGGGAUGAGCCAUUUUUGUUUAAGCAUUGUGCAGAUAAGCUGGAUGCACAUACUUUUGUAAAAAGAUGUGAUAGGUGCCCAAGGACGGGCACAAUUUCGAGAAGGCAUGAGAUUCCACUGAAGGGCAUACUUGAGGUCGAAAUCUUUGAUGUUUGGGGUAUAGACUUCAUGGGGCCAUUUCCAGCAUCAAAUGGACAUCGAUACAUCUUGGUUGCAGUUGGCUAUGUAUCAAAAUGGGUUGAGGUUGUGGCUUUGCCUACGAAUGAUGCUAAGCCAGUGGUUGAGGUUUCGAAUAGGGAAGUGAAGCAAAUUUCGGAGAAGACAGUAAGCACAAGUAGGAAGGAUUGGGCUAGCAAGCUAGAUGAUGCUCUAUGGGCAUAUCGCACUGCAUACAAAACUCCAAUUGGCGCUUCACCUUACAUCUGGGUAAAACGGAUGUUGCAACUUAAUGAGCUCGAGGAGUUUCGACUGCACAUGUAUGAGAAUGCAAAGUUGUGUAAAGAGAAAAUAAAGAGAUGGCAUGAAAAACACAUUUUGCAUCGUGAGUUCGAACCUGGUCAAGCUGUUCUAUUGUUUAAGUCAAGGUUGAAGCUCUUUUCUGGGAAGCUCAAGUCUAGAUGGUUGGGUCCAUUUGAAGUAGUGCGGGUUACGAAGCAUGAAGCUGUUGAGCUAAGGGAUACUGAAAGCAAUGACAUAUUUUGUCAAUAG